GCCCAGUGAGAAGGCCGGUUCCAAUUCGACAUGGCGCGGAAAGCGUAACUUUAGCGCGAGGAUCAGAUUAUCACUUUUUUUAUAACAAGAAACUACAAGGAACUGAAAGUGUAUCGAAUAUUUCUACAAUGUUGCACAUUCGAAACUAUUGCUACAAACACUUGGGAGACCGCUACAACGUUUGAUUGUUACCAUUGGCAACAUAGUAAAACCUACACUUCCUGCCUAAAUUUGAGGCUGCAGGAUUGGCUGCGGAAUUGAGCCUAGUGGUAAAAAACGGUUAAACACUGUAUUUAGUGCAACGUUUCAUAGUUACAUUUCUUUGACAAGAUACAUCAAUUUGUAUCAAUUUGUUUUACUAAUGUUUUACUAGUACUACAACUGCGUAGUCUAUGUUCCUUUUUUUGUUUUGUUAUUUCACCAAAUGAGGGAAGGCAUAUUUCUCGUAUAGCCUAUAUCUAAUGGAUGCAAUAGCGCGAGACAAGAACUUCUAAUAGAGCCGACAUUGAAACAUUGAAUGGAAGGACGACUGGGUAGCAGAACUGCUCAUCCCCCUAUCUGAAACCUGAGAUUCGAGUGGACCCCUCUGCUGCUUGAGAGAGAGAGAGAGAGAGAGAGAGAGAGACAGAGAGAGAGAGAGAGAGAGAGUGUGAAAGAAAGAAAGAAAGACAGAGACUAAGCGAGACAGAGAGAGAGAUAAGACAACGAGAGAGAGAGAGAGAGAAAGGGAGAGAGACAGAGACACAAAGAGACAUACAUAGAGACAGAACGAGAGAUAAGACAGAGAGAGAGAGACAAAGAGACACAGAGAGACAGAGAGAUACAGUCAGAGAGAGAGAGAGAGAGACACAGAGAGAGGGAGAGAGAGAGACAGAGAGAGAGGGAGAGAGACAAAGACACAGUCAGAGAGAGAGAGACAGAGAGAGAGAGAGACAAAGAGACACAGAGAGACAGUGAGAUACACAGUCAGAGAGAGAGAGAGACAGAGAGAGAGAGAGACAGAGAGAGAGAGAGAGAGAGAGACAGAGAGAGAGACGGAGAGAGAGACAGAGAGAGAAAUGAAAUUCCACAGUGUGCCAUCACAGCAGCAAGAUUUGUGACCUGUUGCCACGAGAAAAGAGCAACCAGUGAAGAACACGCACCAUUUGUAUUACCUACUGUGAUCCAGUCCAGUAGCAGAGAAACGACAUGGCCUCACCAUGGAAGUCCGGAAGAAACCCCAAGGACAUUGCCAACGUGAUGCAAAAACUGCAAGAUGAGCAAGAAGCAGUACAGAAGAGGACUUUUACUAAAUGGAUCAAUUCCCACUUGACAAAGCGUAAACCACCUCUAGAGGUCACCGACCUUUUCGAGGACAUCAAAGAUGGGGUGAAACUGUUAGCUCUAUUGGAGGUGCUGUCUGGACAGAGACUGCCGUGUGAGCAGGGCCGCCAGUUGAAGAGGAUCCACUGGGUGUCCAACAUCGGCACCGCCCUCAGGUUCCUAGAAGGCAGGAAGUCUGUGUACCGAGGAUCCCCGAUCAAGCUAGUCAACAUCCAUGCCACUGACAUAGCAGACGGUCGACCAUCCAUUGUCCUGGGGUUGAUUUGGACUGUCAUCCUCUACUUCCAGAUCGAGGAGUUGACCAGUAACCUGCUAGCCCUGGAGGCCCUGUCCAGCAGUACCUCCUCAGUGGACAGCAUGGCCAGUAGCUCAGAGACAGGCAGUCCCGCCUUAAAGAGGGAGGUGGCACCCAAGAAGUUCCAGGGCAAUGCCAAGAAGGCCCUCCUCAGAUGGGUACAGAGCACUGCUGCCAAUGGUCAGGGCAUCGAGGUAAAGGACUUUGGUGCCAGUUGGCGUAGCGGUGUGGCGUUCCACUCUGUGGUCCAUGCCAUCCGCCCAGACCUGGUGGACAUGGAGGUGGUGAGGAGGAGGAGCAACCGGGAGAAUCUGGAGGAAGCCUUCUCAUUGGCCGAGAACGAGCUGGGCAUACCACGCCUACUGGACCCAGAAGACGUGGAUGUAGAUAAACCAGAUGAGAAGUCCAUCAUGACAUAUGUUGCUCAGUUCCUCAAGCACUAUCCCAACCCCCACCACUCUGAGACAGAUGGACAGGGAGAAGAGUAUGUUUCUCAAGAUAUAGAGCAAGUGCUCCAGAGAGAAGAACGGAAGGUUCUGAGGGAGCUGAAGGUGUGGCUGGAACAGUUGGAGAGAGACGUGCUGCAAGUGCAGGGGUCAGAGGGCAACAUCACCGACAAGUACCAGGGCUUCAAGAGUUUCCGUGUGCAGUAUGAGAUAAAGAUGAAGCAGACAGAGCCGCUGCUGCAGCCGGUACACAAAGAUGGAAAGUUGUCUGUAGACCAGGCCCUGGUCAAGCAGGCGUGGGAACACAUCUCUAGCACGCUCCUGGACUGGCACAUCCAUCUGGAUAAGUCGUUGCCUGGCCCCCUGGGGGUGAUCGGAGCCUUGCUGCAUCGAGCUGAGAUCGCCCAGAGAGAGGAGAUUCCCAUCCAACAAGCCCAUGAAGAGACAGCCAAUGUGAUCCAGAGGAAGCUGGAACAGCACAAGGAGAUCCUGAAGAACUUGGAGUCCCACAAACAGACGUUCCAGCAGAUCCACCGAGAAAAAUCAGUAAACGGGGUCCCUGUCCCCCCUGAACAUCUCCAAGACAUGGCUGAAAGAUUCAAUUACGUGUCCACAUCAUCUUAUGCCCACCUGAUCAAACUGGAAUUCUGGGAGAUCAAGUACCGUCUGAUGGCGUUUCUCAUCCUGGCUGAGUCUAAGCUCAAGUCCUGGAUCAUCAAAUAUGGCCGCCGUGACUCUGUGGAACUACUGCUAAAGAGCUACAUUACCUUCAUCGAGGGACACAUGUUCUUCGAACAGUAUGAGACAACAUUUAAGGCACUCAGGCAAUCUGCAGAUGUCUACGUCAAGUCUGAUGGUUCAUCUGAGGAAGCGGAGGGUGUGGGUAAGUUCCUGUCGGAUGCGUCGGCCCAGUGGAGGAACCUGUCGGUGGAGGUGCGUAGCGUCCGUAGCAUGCUGGAGGAGGUCAUCUCUAACUGGGAGAAGUACAGCAGUACGGUGGCCGGACUGCAGGCCUGGCUGGAGGACGCAGAGCAGAUGCUCAACCAGUCAGAGAAUGACAAACGGGACUUCUUCCGGAACCUUCCUCACUGGAUCCAGCAGCACCUGGACAUGAACGAUGCAGGGAACUUCCUGAUUGAGACGUGCGAUGAGACCGUCUCCAGAGACCUGAAGCAGCAGCUGCUCAUUCUCAACGGGAGGUGGAGGGAGCUGUUUGUUAAAGUCAAACAUUAUGCUCGAGUGGACGAGGUGGACAAGUGGAAGCAGGACUAUCAGGACUGUAUCGCUACUCUCAAAACUUUUAUGGAUGCAACCAAUGACAAGAUGACUGCCCCUGUCCAAGUGUCCUUCCUGAACGUCAGGACAUUCGUUCAAGAUGUUGAGGACAUCAAGAACAAGGUUCCGGCCAUGGAGGCAGCCUGUAAGACAGCCAGCCGCACCGCCCAGCUGCUGAUCAAAGACACGCCCGCGGAGGAGGUCUCUACCAUGCUGGCUGCCAUGGCUUCUAUCAAGGAGGAGAUGAGCAAGAUAAAGGAGCGGUCUCUGCCGCUGCUACGGGAUGCCCAGUCCCUACUGCCUGCUCUGGAGGAGAUGGAGAAGAACAUCACAGGGUUCUACCAGGCCCUGGAGAAGGCCAGCCGCAUCACUUGCUCCAGGGACUCGGAGGCCCACGGGGACUUCAAACAGAAAUGCCAGGAGCUGGUGACCUUCACCCAGAGCUGUAAGAAGUGUCUGACUGUGAUAGAGAAUAACCAUCAGAGUGUCCAGAGAACCCUGGACAGCAGUAAGACCCUACAGCACCUGGACAUGGCUCUGCUGCAGAAGAGAGUCGCCGACCUCCAGGCCUCCUCACAGGCAAUGAUCAACGAGUCUACUGAGUGGAAGAAUCACGUGGAGGUCAACAGCAGCUUAAUGAAGAGGUUUGACGAGUCCCGUGGCGAGCUGGAGAAGGUGCUGAAAGUCGCUCAGGCUUUUCUAAAUGAGAGAGGCAACCCAGAAGAUCUGCUAAAAAAACACACGGAGUUCUUUGGGCAGCUAGACCAGCAGGUCCUCGAUGCGUUCCUGAAGACCUGUGAUGAACUGACAGACACAGUGCCUAGGGAGGAGCAGCAGAGUCUGCAGGAGACAGUCAGGAAACUGCACAAACACUGGAAGGAUGUCCAGACAGAGGCUCCCUACCACCUGCUUCAUCUGAAGGUAGAGGUGGAACGGAGCAAGCUAAUGGUCUCCAUGCAGGAGUGUCAGUCAGAGCUGACCAGAGAGAACAGACACCUGGUUGGCAUGGGGAGUGAGAGGCUGAUCAAGGAACACAGGGACUUCUUCAGGGAGAAGGGUCCUCAGUCUCUGUGUGAGAAGAAACUACAACUGAUAGAGGAACUGUGUCAGAAGCUUCCAGACAGCAACCCAGCCCACCAGACCCUGGACAGCUCUAAGAAGGCCUUCUCUGAGCUCUGGGAGGAGAUAGACAGCACCCAUCACAAUCUGAUGCAGCACCCUGAUAAGUGGGAGGAGUUUAACACCCGGUUCUCCGAGUUGUCAGCCUGGCUUUCGUCUAAAGAGAGCCAACUCAGACUGCUCAGGAACAGAGCCAACGACCCCAGCAAGCACGGACAGGUCAAGGCCACCAUCACAGAGCUGAGGAACGAUGCAGAGCUGCAGGAGGGGAACCUGGGCUGGCUGAAGUCCCGGCUGGCUGUGCUGAUAGAGAUCUGCUCCGAGACAGAUGCACAGAGUCAGGCUGGGGCAAUCAAUAAACUUUCCACCAACUUCAAGGGCCUCCUCUCCUAUCUCACUGAGUCUGAGAAGGUGGUGCUGGCGGUGGGGGACUGUGUGCAGUUCAGGGAGGAGGUGCGUGGUGCACUGGAUGAGCUGGUGCAGGAUCAGCAGGAGGUACACCUGGAGGUGGCCAGGAUACUGGACUCUGAGACCGUCAGGGAGGCCCAGCAAUUGCUCCAGGUUCACCAGCAACAGCUGAAGCGUCUGCGUAUGAAGAGGAAGGAUGUGCAGCAGCAGAUUGCUAGGGGCCGUCAGCUACAGGCUGAGGAGGGGCUGGGAGAGACCUUACAGCUGGACCUGCAGAGUCUGGAGACAACACUCAGCAAUAUGGACCACACCAUGGACUCACAGGAGCAGGAGUUAGAGGUGACUCUGUCUUCGUGGCAGGAGUUUGACAGCCAGCAGAGGACAGUGCAGGAGUUUGUUACCAGGGCGCUCUCUGUCAUGGACAGAGACCUGAACUUUAGCAGCCCAGAGAGCCUGGCUACUGAACUGGACCAGGCCAGGGUGCUUUUAAAGCAGAGUGAAGCAGAAGCCUGCAUGGUGAACACCCUGUUGAGGAAAGCAGCAGAGAUCCAGCUCGGCCCAAAGAACACCACCUUGCUACUGGAGCAAGCCCGCUCCCUCAGCGAACAGCUGGACAUAGUGGAGGCUGGCCUCAAGAAAGACACCAAGGCUCUUGAUGGGAUGAAGAAUCAGUGGACUCGGUUUGGGACAGAGUUUGAGGCCUUCUCCUCGUGGAUCUCUGAGAAAGAGAAAGAAAUGGACGCUCUAAAGAGUUCUGCUGCUCCACUUGGACAACAGAUCAACACAGUAAAGGCCGUGGGUGUGGAGCUGGGGGACAAGGCAGAGGUGUUAUCCCAGCUAGAGGCCCACUCCCAGGCCCUGGCCCAGUUCAUCUCCUCUGGGGAGGCAGCCCGUAUCAAGGCUCGGCUCACCCAGAUCGGCAGAUACUGGGAGGAGCUCAGGGAGAGUGUGGAGCAGCUCGAAGGACUGCUGCAGGAGAGCUCCUCCACACAGCACCGCUUCAACACCAGCCUGGAAGAGGCCAAAACAACACUUGGUGAUCUCCAUAAGAAACUGGACCAUCCUGUCACUUCCUGUACCUCCUCGUCAGAGACCUACAAAUGUCUCCAGAACCACAUGGAUGUGUCCCAGAGCUUGGAGAGCCUGAAGGUAGCCUUGUUGCCCCUGUCUGCUGGGGCACGUAGACUCAGUGACAGGGAGCAAGCUGAGAGGGCCGUGGCAGCUCUACAGACCAGCUAUGACCAGAGUCUAGGGCAGGCCAAAGAAAAACAGAACACACUGGAGAAAGUGCUGUCCCUAUGGCAAAAGUAUGAGAAGGAUCGUUCUAGCUUUGUAUCCUGCUUGGAGAGAUGUGAGUCUACAUCCAAACAUGAGAGCCAUUGCCUGCCUGCAGAUAAAACCAAGCUGGAGAGUGAGCUGCAGGACCUGCAGAACUUACAGUCUGAGGUGGUGUUGCUGGAGCCCCUCCAUGAUGACCUGGUGGCCUCAGGGACAUCCCUGUACCCCACCGCCCCAGAUGAGAAGGCAAGGCAGCUCAGUGAUGACCUGGAGCAGCUGAAAAAGAGAUGGAACUCCCAGAAUGAACUCAUCCCUCACAGAAUCAAGGAGCUCCAGAGCCAGCUGUUCCAGGUGGAGCAGUUUGACCAGUCCUUGUUGAAGUUCUCUCAGUGGUCUGAGAACCUCCUCUCCACCCUCCACUCAACCUCCCUGGUCAACAUCACUGACCUGCAGCCUGCUGUGGCCCAAGUCAAGGAAACCCUAGCGGCUCUACAGAAGCAGAGUGGUGUGAGGGAGAGCUUGGAGCUCCAGACAGAGGGGCUGUGUGCCUCGUGUGAACCCCAGGAUGCUCAGCUCCUCCAGGGGAGACAGGACAACAGCCUACAGCCCUACCUGGAGGUCCAGCAGCUGGCUGAGCUCCGGCUGGACUGCCUGGGGAAGCUGGAGGCCUUCUUGGAGACCCACGGUGCGGCUGUGGGGGUACUACGAGGCUUGAGGCAUACGGUGGAGAGUUCAGGGAGCUGGGACCAUGGUCGGGUGGAGGAACUACAGAGAGAACUGGAGGCCAUCGUCCCAGACAUUAGCAGUCUGGAGACCCUGGCAGCCGGCCUGGACAGCAGCCUCUGUAAAGGCCACCUCCACAUGGUGAGAGGUGUGGAUGGGUCUGGGUCCCGGACGUCGUGCCGGGUGCUUGCUGAUGGUCUCAGCGGCGAGCUGGACACAGUGAGGAAUCUGCUUGGGACCAAGCAGAGUGAGGCAGAGGCCCUGGGAGCGCUAUGGAGCUCCUUCAGACAGAGGAAGGAACAGCUGUUGAAAAGCGUGGAAGACAUCAAGGAGAAGGCGGACCACCAGAGCCUGCGAGAACCCAGCCCACUCGCCCUGCAGCAGCGGCUGCGGUUCUUUAACCAGCUGGAGGAUGAGCUCCAGUCUCAAGAACACGAGGAGCAGUGGCUCAGGGACAAGGGUCAGCAACUAGCCCAGAGAGAUGCAGAGCUGGCCGGGGAGGUUCUCAGGGAGAUCAGCCUCUUGGAAACCACAUGGGUGGAUACCAAGAGACUCAUAUCUGACAGGCAGGAGCAGUGCAGUGUUCUGGUGGAGCUGAUGAGAGAAUACCAUAACCUGAGGACAUCCAUAGCCGCCACCAUGGAGAACACUGAGGCUGACAUCGGCUCGGCUCUGAAAGACCACGAGGAGACCAAAAAAUCGCUGGCUAAGCAUGAAGCAGUGAAGGCAGAGAUGUUGGCCAAGCAGAGUGAGCUGGACCAGUUCUCCAGUAAAGGAAAACUUCUGCUGUGUGAUCUGAAGAAGAUCCCAGACUGUGAGGCUCAGCUGAUGACGACAGACAUGCAGACUCUAGUAGACCAGUGGCUCGAGGUGUCUGAGAGGGUUGAAAACAACAUUGAGCAUCUGAGCCAGAGCCUGGCGUUGUCGGAUGACGUGCAGCAGAUCAGUGAGGAGAUCGAGGGCUGGACCAACAGCUCAAUGAUGGAACUCAGUGAAAGCCUGAAUAACCUCAUUGGCAGCCAGAGAAUGGAGACCAGACUCUCUGCGUUACAGUUGGAGAUGGGGAAGAAAGAGCACCAGCUUGUGACCCUGCAAGGGAAAGUGUCAGAACUGAAGCAACUCAACUGUAGCCAGGACACUCCCGCCAAACUACAGGUGCUGGAGGCAGACCUGAGGAAAAAGCUGAGCCAGGUGCAGAAGCUAUGUGAGCAGGCCAGGGGAAACCUCAGGGACUUCAGCUCCCAGAGGAAGCAGUUAGAGGACUACAUUACCAAAAUGUCUGAUUGGCUGAAGAGCAUAGAGCAGUCCCUGACGAGCUCACCGAUUGGCUCUGACCUAGAGGACAUCUGCAAAGUCAAGGACCUCCAGAAGGACCUUCAGAACCAGCAAGGCAGCAUAGAUUCCACCAGGGAGAGCCUAAACACUCUGUGUCGGAAGUACCCUUCUGAGGAGCUGGCUGGGCUGGGUAGUGCACUCACUGACCUUAUCAAGGGCUAUGAGUCUGUCAACCAGCUUUCCUCCAGGACCCUAGCCUCACUGCAACACGGCCUGCAAAAACACUUCAACGAGCUGGUUCAGGAGUUCCAUAGCUGGCUGUCUGGGCAGAGGGAGGUGGUGAAGGAGUGCUCUGACCAAUCAGGAGACACUAGCAUCGUGGAGCGUAAACUCCAGAAGCUAAAGGGGGCGCUGGAGCGUGUGGAGGACGGGGAGGUACGUCUGACUCAGGUGUGUGAGGAAGGGGAGAAGCUCCUGCUCCACCUCCCUAAGGCCAGUGCUGGCCAGGUGCAACAGCACCUCUCCUCCAUCCAGCAGGACUGGGACCGCUAUGUUGAGCAGUGUAGACUCAACCAGCAGGCCCUGGAGGACAGCACUGCACAACUCAAUGGGUUUGAGGGGCAUCUGAAGAGGCUGAGGCAGUGGCUGGAACACAUGGAGCUGAGGGUGACCUCAGAGCUGCCUGAGGAGAAACACAGGGGUCUUGAGAAGGCAACACUGGAGGGGGUGGAGGAAUACCACCAGGAAGUGCUCAAAGAGAGGGACUCUUUCGAGCGACUGUGUCAGGAGUCACAGGUCUUGAAUGAAGGUGGACGGGGCGACGGUGGCGAGACGCGUGCGGCUGCAGGGCUGCAGUCUCAGCACCAGGCUCUGCUGCGGAGGGUGAGGGAGAGGCUGAGGUGCUGCCAGGUAAACCUACAGGAACAGGAAGCAUUUAAGGAGACCCUGCAGAGCACCUGGUCCUGGCUAAACGGGAUGAAGGAACGACUGGGGACCCUCAAUAGUACCCUGGGGAACAAGGUGACGCUGGAGAAGAGACUGGGACUGGUACAGGACAUCCUGUUGAUGAAAGGCGAGGGUGAGGUGAAGCUGAACAUGGCGGUAGGGAAGGGUGAGCAGGUUCUGAAGCACCACAGUGUGGAGGGACAGGAGGCCAUCUGCUCCCAGUUACAGAACCUGAAGGACGCCUGGGCCAGCAUGCUCAUGACCUCCAUGAGUUGUCACAGUCGUCUGGAAUGGACGGUAGCCCAGUGGAGUAACUACCAGGAUAGUAAGGGGCAGCUGCAGCAGUGGAUGGAGUCUGUGGAGCAGGAGGUGGGUCUGGCCCUGGACCAGCAGCCAGGCCUGAAGGAGAAGGCCUAUCUCCUGGAGCGUCUCAGAGCCCUCCAGGCUGACGUGGAGGCCCACGCAGCACCACUGGCCAGGCUGACAGAGACGGCUGCAGAGCUGCAUGAGAAGACAGGUGACCAGGCCUUUGGACCAGAGCAGAGAAUGGAACUCAAUGCACACUUCGCUGACAUUACCGCUGUCGUCAAGGGUAAGGUUCAGGCCAUGGAGAACAGAGUGACAGAGCAUGAGCACUACCUGGAAGCUGUGAGGGACUUCAAUGAUUGGCUGGCCUCUGCCAAGGAGGAGCUCCAGCGCUGGUCUGACCUGUCAGGAGACUCCACCUCUGUAAACUUGAAACUUGCCAAAGUCCAGGAGCUGAUAGACUCCAGGCAGCGUGGCCGAGAGCGUCUGAGCCGGGUGCAGCGUUGUGGGGCUGCAACGAGGGACCACACUGGCUCCGCGGGCUUCGAGGCAGUGGAGAGGGAGGAGGCAGCCCUGCUGUCUGCCUGGGAGCAGUGGGAGCGCGGGGCACUGCAGAACAGGGCAGGCCUGGAGACUGCUCUCUCCCAACUCGCCAGCUCCGAACAGGAGUUUAACUGCUUGGCUGAUCAGCUGGAGGUGGACCUGCAGGAGUUUAGCAGUCAGCUACAGGAGUGGAGACACAGGCUCUCUCAUGCAGAGGGGAAAAACAGUAGGGAGGAGGCUGUGCAGGGCUGGCAGAUUGCAAAGGACACUCUGGAAGGUCUAGUCAAAAUGGAGCCCAUGUCAGACAGUCUGAAGUUCCAGCUCAAUGGUCUGUGUCGGUUCUCCAAGGACCUGGGUACUCAGUCAGAGAGAGUGUCUUCCCUUAUCAAGGAGUACAACAGGCUGAGCCUGCAGGCCUCCAGAGAAUGCCAAAACAAAGAGAAGCUUCUGGAGCAGCAGUUCCGUGCCGCUUUCCGAGAGUUCCAGCAGUGGCUGGUCAAUGCCAAAAUCAACACAGCCAAGUGCUUUGAUGUGCCUCAGAACCUCAGCGAGGCCUCCUCCAGCCUGCAGAAGAUACAGGAGUUCCUGAGUGACAGGGAGCAGGGCCACUCCAAACUAAAUGCUGUGGUGCUUAGUGGUGAGCUGGUGGUCAGUAUCACUGCCAAGGAAAGAGUAGAUGCUGUCCGGGCCAAAAUGAGCAGUGCCAGAGAAGACUGGAAGACUCUGAUGUCCAACUUGCACCAGAGGGAGACUGCCCUACAGAACCUCCAGUCUCAGAUGAAGGACUUUGAGGCGAGUGUGGAGCCUCUUCAGGAGUGGCUGAACGGGACAGAGGUUGCUGUACAGGAGAGCAGCACACGACUCCAUGACCUCACUGCCAAAAAGCAGGAGUUGCACAAGCUGCAGUCUGUGCUCGAGGAGUUAGCCUCUCAAGAGGUUCAGCUGAUAAGGCUCAGAGAGAAGGCCCUGCUACUGUGGGAUGGACAUGCGGCCAGAAAGAGCUUUGUCCACCGUGUCUCGCAGCUCUCCGCUCAGUACUUAGCUCUAACCAACCUGACCAAGGAGAAGGCUUCCCGUAUCGACCGUAUCGUCACUGAGCACCAGCUGUUCUCCCAGGGGCUGAAAGAGCUGCAGAACUGGGUGGCCGACACCAGCCACAUGCUGCAGACCUACCGCACUCCCACAGCAGACAAAAAUGUCCUGGACAGCAGGAUGAUCAAGCUGGAGGCGUUGCUGACAGCACGUCAGGAGAAGGAGAUCCAGCUGAAGAUGCUGGUCACCAGGGGAGAGUCUGUCCAGAGGAACACAUCAGUAGAGGGUGUACCAGUAGUCUGCAAGAACAUCCAGGACCUCAAAGACUCCUGGGAUACCCUGCUUUCCGCCUCCAUCCAAUGCAAAAGCCAGUUGGAGGGAGCCCUUUCCCAGUGGACCAGCUACCAGGAGGACGUGUGUCAGUUUGUGGGCUGGGUGGAGCGUGUUGAGGAGAGCCUGGACCCAAGAGACAAACAAUGCUCCGAGAUGAGAGACAAAACUGCCAACCUGGGCAAAGCCAAGCUUCUCUAUGAGGAGGUUCUUAGCCACAGCAGUCUACUGGACACCAUCACCGUGAAGGGAGCCAACAUGGCGGAACACUACGUCACACAGCUAGAGCUCCAGGACCUGCAGGAACGAUACCACACCGUCAAGGACAACACCAAGACUGCGGUGGGGAAGGCAGAAGAGCUGGUGCAGGCCCACCAGGAGUACGAGAGAGGCCUAAAUGUGUUUGAGGCGUGGCUGGAGCAGGAGCAGGAGAAACUGGGCUGCUACACACAGCUAGAGGGGGAUGUGGACACUCUGGAGGAGACGCUUCAGAAACUACAGGAGCUGCAGGUCCAGUGCACGGAGGGCGAGGCCCUACUCAACACCCUGCUGGACAGUAGAGACCAGGUUGUGCCCUGGGGUGUCCCCCAAAUCGAGGACCGGGUCCUGGAGACCUUGCAGCAGAACUGGAAUCUGUACCAGGGUAAGUUGGGAGACACCAGGACCCAGCUCAACAGUACCCUGGCCAAGCUCCGCCAGAUGGAGCAAAAGUUUCAGGGUCUGGACAGCUGGCUGAAUAGCAUGGAGAGCAAAAGUCAACUGAGGAGUCAUCGCCGGUCGGACCGUGCCACCAAGGACACUCAACUCCAACUGAUAAAGAGUUGGCAGGAGGAGGUGCUAGUGUACCAGGAAGAGGUGGAGGGUCUGAGUGUUCUAGCCCAGCAGGUCAUAGAUGAGACCCACAUCAGCAGCCGGGUCAGCACCAGAGCUACCCAACUCACCACCCGCUACCACGCCCUGCUACUGCACCUACUGGAGAGCAUCAAGCAACUACAGGUGGAGGUGUGUUGCAUCGAGGAGGCCCAGAAUGUGUUCAGGACCUUCUCUGAUUGGCUGAGCUCGGCCAAGAACAACUUCAGCACCAUGGCUAUCAGCAUCAGUGUAGUAGACCGUCUUACCAUGGAGAGGAAGAUGAAGACACUGGAGGCUCUUCAGGGUGACAUGGAGCAGGGCCACAGCUUCCUGAAGACGAUGCGUGAGAAGACAGAGCGGGCCGUGGCCUUCCUGGAGGAACCAGAAGCUGAGCAGCUGAGGGAGGAGGUGGAUGCUCAUAGAUCCCAGCUAGAGGGCCUGAUGGCUGGGCUUCGCACGGAGCACAGCUCCCUGGAGAAAUGCAUCUCCCUCUCCAAAGACUUCCUGGACAAGUACAAGGCCCAGGCACAGUGGCUCGCUGAGACCAAGGCUUUGUUAAGCUCACCCAUCGAGCUGAAAGCUGAGCUCUACCAGAAGAAGGCCCAGUUAGCCAAAUAUAAGACAAUCGAGCAGACAGUGCAGUCCCACGAGUCAGCGGUGAGGUCAGUGGUUGAGAAAGGAGAGGUUCUGCUGGAUAUGGUCUGUGACCCAACCAUCAGAGACAACAUGAACAGGUUGCAGACUGACUACCAGGAACUCUGCACUGCAGCCAAGAGCCAGGUCCAGAGUCUGGUGGAGUGGGUGAAGGAGCAUGAGGGCUACAACAAUGAGCUCCAGGAGGUGGAGAAGGGGCUCCUACAGAUGUCCAGUAGGCUGGUCACCUCAGACUCCAUGCAGACAUGUAGUAUGGAGACGGCCACACAACAACUGGCCCGCCACAAGGCAAUCAUGGAGGAAAUAGCUAGUUUUGAGGAACGCCUGACCAGUCUGAAGGAGAAAGGAGAAGACUUGGUGUCCAGCUGUACAACAGACCAGAUGCAGGCUAAGACCAGCCAGCAGGUCAAGGCUCACCAUCAGGGCACCAGAGACAGCUACUCAGCCAUCUGCAGCAGCGCACAGUGUGUUUACCAGAGUCUGGACAGAGAACUGCAGAAGCAUGUCAGUCACCAGGACACUCUGCAGCAGUGCCAGACCUGGCUCUCCACCGUCAAUGAGGAGCUACUGCUGCACUGUCAACCUCCCUUUGGCAUGCAGGAGGCCCUCAAACAGGUGAAGCACUACAGGGCUCUACAGGAGCAGGCCAGUACGUACCUGGACCUGGUGUGUUCUGUGUGUGACUUGUCUGAUGAUGCUGUGAGAGCCACCGCUGCGGAAGUCCAGCAGGUCAAACACACGAUGGAGGAGAGGAUGUUGAGCUCCCAGGAGCUAUGUGAGGGCUGGAGGGAGAUAAAGGAGCAGAAGCAGGAGCUAUCUGAUCAGUUCCAGGACAUGGAGCAGCAGCUUCUCAGCCUCUCCAGAAGACCAGCGGAGCUCGAGACCAAGAUCGCCCUCAACAUGCUCACCCAGGCCAAGGAGUUUAGCCAACAGCUGCAGAGUAAACAAGCCACCCUAUCCAGGAUGACAGAGAGUGUGAGUCGUCUGACUGCGGGCCAGGACAGCCCGGAACAUGGAGAGAUAGGGCGUCUGAGCCAUGCCUGGCUGGGGCUGUUUCACCAAGCUAACAGGCUGAAGGGCCAGAGACAGGAGGACCUGCAGAGGAUCCAGGAGUACCACAACUGCAUCACAGCCAUGGAAGCACUUUUUGAGCAAAUGUCUAAGGCGUGGGAUAACCUGGCCAGGACUGAUGCUGAAAGUUCAUCUGAGCACUUGGAGGCACUGAAGAAACUUGCCGUAGCUCUCGGAGACCAGAAGGGAACUCUGGAGGACCUGAAGGACCAGAGGCAGAAAGUCACCCACCACCUGAACCUGGAUGACAAGGAGCUGGUGAAGGAACAGAUCAGCCAUUUUGAGCAGCGCUGGGUUCAGCUGCAGAGCCUCAUCAGCAGGAAGAUACAGGACUCAGUGCUGACCCUGGAGGACAUGGCCAAGGUGGAGGCCCGUCUAAGGGAGGCCAGGGAGUGGGCCGAAGAGCAGCAGCCAGGCCUUUCUGAAGCCAUGAAGAUGAGUCCUCCUCCAGAGUUGGCCCAAAGCUUCCUCUUCGACCACCUCAGCAUUUGCAGCGAACUGGAGGCCAAGCAGCUGCUUCUGGCCCAGGCCAUGAGUGAUGCUGACCGUGUCCUGGCUCACCUGGGGCUCAACGAGUGCCAGCGCCUGCAGCAGCUCAUCUCAGACACUCAGGCCGAGGUGGAGUCACUCAGCGUGAAGGUGGCUCAACGCAGGAAGCACCUCAGCAAGGCCUUCACUGAGAGGACCCAGUUCCUGCAGGCUGUCAACCAGUCCAUCACCUGGGUCCAGCAGAAUGAGAAGAAGGCCCAGGCGGAGGAGUACAUUGCACUGCUACCUGACGACCUGGCCAAGCAGGUUAAGGCCUGCAGGAACAUCCAGAGCAGCCUCAAGGCCUACCAGAGCGAGCUGACCUCCCUGUGGUCUCAGGGCAGAGACCUGAUGAAGGACGCCACGCAGGACGAGAAGGUGGAGCUGCUCACCAAGCUGCAGGAGCUGCAGAACAUCUUUGAAAAAGCCCUGCAGAAAUGUGUCCAGAGGCUCCAAGAACUGGACAAGGUGCUUGUCUCCAGGAAGUACUUCAAGGCAGACCUGGAGAAGACGUGUCAGUGGCUGAAACAAGCAGACAUUGUGACCUUCCCUGAGAUCAACCUCAUGAAUGGUGACUUGGAGCUGAACGUGCAGCUGCUGAAGUACCGGCAGAUAGUAGAGCAGGCGAUGGAAUAUGAAAACCUCUUACUGAUCGUCCAGAGAACUGGUCAGGAGAUCCUGCCCACUCUGAAUGAAGUGGACCACUGUUACUUGGAUGAGAAACUCAAUGCCCUGCCACAGAAAUACAACAGCAUACUGGCUCUGGCCAAAGAGAAACAGGAGAAGAUCGAGCAGGCCAUCCUAGCCAGAAAGGAGUACGCCUCCUUCAUAGACGUGACUCAUAAAGCAUUGAAAGAGCUUGAGGAGCAGUUCCAUAACUUAGGGUUGCAGCCUGUUGGUCUGCAGACAGAGGAGGUUGUGAAUUUACUGAGUGACUACAAAGCUCUUCAGGUAGAUCUGGGCAACCUUGGUCUGGCUGUCAGUGAACUGAACCAGAAGAAAGAAGCCUUCCGCAGCACCGGUCAACCCUGGAGACCUGAAGAGUUGACCCAGCUGGUGAGUCUUUACAAUGGGCUCAAGAGGCUCAUCGAACAGCGGGUGGAGCAUCUCGACGACACACUGGAGUCCUUCGAGGACCACAAGGCCAUGGCCAUGCAGGUGGACUCUGAGCUAAAGGCUACCAAAGAAGAACUAGUCAAGGUCAAUGCAGAGACCCAGUCGGCGGAGGAGAGGCUGAAGAAUUACCAUGCCCUGGCCGGGAGUCUUCAGAGCGCCAGCUCUCACCUGUCCAGACUCAUGGAGCAGAUGGAUAACUUGGCUCCUCAGCUGGACAAGGCUGCCCAUGACACUUCCAGGGAACAGGUGGUCCUUUGGCAGGAGGAGCUGCAGUCCCUACAGUCUGCCGUGGGGGAGCUGAUAGUGGAGUGUGAGAAUAGGUUUGUCCAGAGUAAAGACUUUGAGACGGAGGUGAAGAGAACACUGGACUGGCUGCAGCAUAUCAGGGAUGAGCUGGGCUGUGCUGUGGUAGUGGUGGACGUGAGGGUAGAAAAGGUCCAGGAAGAGAUCAGGAAACAGCAGAUAAUGCAGGAUGAGGUUCAGUCCAGGCUGAGGAUCGUGGAGGCCCUGAGCAGUAGGGAGAAACAGAAGUACACCAGCGCCAACGAACUGGUCCCAGCCCACGUUGAACUCAGCCUGGAGGAGAUGGCCAAGCUACAGGCUGAUGUACAGCAAGCAAUGAGUUCCAAACAGAUCACCCUGGAGCAGGCCUUGGCGUUGUGUCAGAAGUACCACUUCCGGAUGCAGUCUGCGUGUGAGUGGCUGGAGGACGCUGUGGCCUUCCUACAACUAGCCAGCCUGGGGGUGGACGUAGAGAACUACGAAGAGUGUCUCCGCCAGCAGGAGGACAUCCUGGCCUCAGAGCAGAAGUUCCUAGACCACCUGCAGGAGUUGGAGGCUCUGCCCCCCCAGCUGGAGAACCUGGUGAACCCCACAGCCAAGGAACAGCUCAGACUGAAUGUGGAGUCUGCUCAGCAGAGAGGAGUGGAGGUCCGGGAUCAGCUGCAGAAUCACCAGGACGUCCUGAUCAGCUGUGUGGCCAAGUGGAAGUCUUACCAGGAGACGAGGCAGACGGUGAUUGAACUGAUGAACGAGGCAGAGCAGAAGCUUACUGAGUUUUCCACCGCAAAGGCUGCCACCUUUCUGGAGGCGGAGGAGAAACUCAGGAGUCACAGGUCCCUGGUAUUGGUGGUGAAUGGGUUCCAGGAGAAGCUGACAGGGCUGGAGGAGCAGGCAUCACAGCUGGAGCUGGUGGGUAGUGAGGCCAGCAAGGCCACCAUCAGCCGUUCCAUGACCACGGUGUGGCAGCGCUGGACCCGGCUUCGCAGCGUGGCACGAGGGCAGGAGAGGGUACUGGAGGACACGGCCCAGGAGUGGAGGACCUUCAGAGAGAAGAUGGUGAAGCUGAGGAGCAUGGUGGAGGAUCUACAGAGCCGUAUUAUUGACUGUGUUGUGGAGAAGGCCUCCAAGGCAACCCUACAGUCUGUGUUGGACCAGCAUGAGCUGCUAAUCCAGGAUGUAGAGAGAGAGCUGUCCUCCCUCACCCUGCUGCGUCAGUAUGCCCUCAGCCUGCUCCAUGAUGUGGAGGUCCCUUCACCAACGCCCACCUCUGCACAGGACGAACUACCCAGUCUCAAGGAGAUCAGAGCAGUACAAGACCACCUGGAAAGUCUGCUGCAGCAGGCGCAGACCAAGCGCACCCAGGCUGGGGUGGAGCUGAGGGACAGAGAGGGGGUAGAGAAGAACCUGAGUGUGGUCAAAGCCUGGAUCCAGGAGACCAGGGAGCUGCUCCCCAACCCAACGUCAGAUAUAGAUGCUCUGCUGCAGGAGCUGGAGGUGGUUCACGGUGAUGUGAUUGGCUACCGUCAGCAUGUGGAUAAGAUAGCAGAGCAGCAGCAGAGCAAGUAUCUGGACCUGUACACCAUCCUGCCCUCAGAGAUCUCCAUGCAGCUGGCUGAGGUGUCCCUCGCACUGGGGGCCAUCCAGGACCAGGUUCUGUCCAAAGAGAAAGAGAUCCAGAAGACAAGAGACAUCAAGGAGGACAUCAGUUCCAGGAUUCAUGACGUGUCGGAGAAGAUGAAAGCCAUCUCCACCAGUCUCAAUGACAAAGCCAGCGAUGUCCAUCACGCUAAAGACGAGACCAAGUGUCUUUGUGAUGAUCUGGAGAGCUGUCAUCGGACUCUGUCAGAGCUGGAUGCUGCGGUCCAGGAGUUCGGCAGACGGAACCCCAUCUUGGCCAAACAGCUGAGUGAUGCCAUCGUCAAGUUAGGAGACAUCCACCACCACACUGCCAGACUGGCCGAGUGUAGAUCCAUCUGGCUCAAAAAGGCAGGGACCCAUCUAGAGGAGUACAAUGAGAUGCUGGACUUCAUAGUGAGGUGGUCGGAGAAAGCCAAGGGCCUGGUGAGGGCCAACAUCAUCUGGAACUCCUCCUCUCAUCUGCAGGAACAGAUAAGGAUGGACGAGUCCGUGCUGCGUGAAUCUCGAGAGCUCCAUGGGGACCUGCAGGCCAUGGGAGAGAAGGUGGAUCUGCUGUCUGAGGUGCUGCAGACGGAGAACAUGUCCCAGCAGGUGUGUGAGCUGAGCCGCCACACCGAGGAGCUCCAGCAGACCAUCAGGACACGGCUGCAGAGCCUUCAGGACGCAGCCAAGAGUAUGGAGCCUCUGGAGUAUGAGGUGAAGACCCUACAAGUGGCUCUGGAACAGGUCCAAGCUACACUGACCUCUCCUGAUCUUGUCCGACAGAGUCUCAAAGAACAACUGGCCCAGAAACAGCGUCUGCUGUCAGAGAUGGAGGGCUUCAAGCUGCAGGUGCAGGCGGUGCAGCUGUGUCAGAGCGCCCUGCGCGUCCCAGAGGAGGUGAUGCCUGGCCUGGCUAUCUGUCACACAGCACUGGGCCUACAGCAGGAGGCCAGCCAGCUACAGCAUGUCGCAAUACAGCAGUGCAACAUUCUACAGGAGGCUGUUGUGCAGUAUGAGCAGUAUGAGCAGGAGGCGAAGCACUUCCAGGGGCUGAUAGAGGAUGCCCACAGGGUCAUCCAGGACCGACCCAUUCCCACCAGCACUAUCCAGGAACUGCAGGCUCAGAUCCUACACCAUGAGGAGCUGGCCCAGAAAAUCAAGGGUUACCAGGAGGAGAUAGCCAGUCUGAAUUCGAAGUGUAAGAUGCUGACUGUGAAGGCCAAACAUGACACCAUGCUACUCACUGUGAGUGACACGGAGCGGGUGGGGCUUGCUGUGGAGGACCUGGAUGGAGACAUAGACAAACCAUCUGUUCUUAUGAUGACGGCUGGCCGCUGUCACACCCUUCUGUCCCCGGUCACCGAGGAGUCUGGGGAGGAGGGUACCAGCAGUGAGAUCUCCUCUCCUGUCUGUCGCUCCCCUUCUCCCAGCACUCACACACAGAUGGGACGAGACACCCUCCCCAGAGCUCCCGUACAGGAGCUAAAUGACCCGAUGUUUGAAUCUGAGGCUAAUCUAGAUGACCUUCAGCGCUCGUGGGAGACCCUGGAGAAUGUGAUCAGUGAGAAGCAGAGGUCUCUGUAUGAGGCGCUGGAGAAGAAGCAGUGCAACCAGGGUUCUCUUCAGUCUAUCUCCUCUAAGAUGGAGGCCAUCGAGGCCAAACUCAACAAGCCACUGGAGGCUGACCGGAGCACAGAUAGUCAUAUGGAAGCCCAUCAGGCCGUGGUGGAGGAGGUUCAGAGGCUGCAGGAGGAGAUAGACAAGCUGCAGACCAGCUUCUCAGACCAGCUUGGUUCUGAUGCUGUGGACGACACGGCCCACCAGCUGGCCAUGCAGUCCACCCUCACUGUCCUGUCUGAGAGGAUGGCCACCAUACAGAUGAAGGCCUCAGGAGAACGACAGCUACCGGAGGAGCGUGUCAGUGACCGUCUAGAGGAGCAGCAUCAGGAGCAUGUCAGUGACCAUCUAGAGGAGCAGCAUCAGGAGCAGACCUUACGACGUUACCUCAACCAAGCUGACCAGAUGGACCAAUGGCUGCUCAGCACCCGCGAAGCCCUCCGUCCCAGUGCUGAGGAGGAGCAACUCAUAGACGGCCAGAACAUGCUGCAGGAGAUAGAGCAGAAGGUGGUGGCCCUUUCGGAGCUGACCAUGCGCAGCGAGAGCCUGCUUCUGGAGGGAAGGCAGGAGACGCGGAUGGACAUGAGGGAGGACACAGAGCAGCUGGCCAGGAAGCUGCGGACGCUGAAGGGAAAUCUACUGGAGCUGCAGAGGAUGCUGCAGGACAAACACAUCAACAUCCAGGACCAGGAGGAGAGUGAGUCUGACUCCACUCUGUCUCAGGGGCCCAUCGUGCAGGACUGCCUGGUCCAGGCCCACAUCACACUCUCACAACACCACCAGGACAGCCUCCAGAGACAGAGGGAGCUGGAGGAGCAGCUAGCUGAACAGAAGAAGCUGUUACAGUCUGUAGCCAGUAGAGGAGAGGAGAUCCUGAUAAAGCAGGCCUCACCUAGCAGUGUCAGUAUGACGGAGCCCUGCUCUCCGGAGAUACUGCUGGAGCGAGAGACCCGGGCUGCCCAGUACCAGAUGAGACAGAGGUGGGAGAGCCUGAGGAAAGAACUGAGCACCAAGCUCCAGCUCCUACAGAAAACCCUGGAACAAGACCACAAGCAACAAGUUUCCUCCAGAACUGCCGCUGGGACCCUGUUUAAAGCAGAGAUCUGUAAAACAGAGGACACAUCUUCACUGAAGAUGUUAUAUGAGGGUUUCAGCCAAACGAUGGAGGAGAUGUCUUGUCAAACUGGGGUCUCUGAGGGUAAGGUGAUCCCCAUGGAGCAGCAUCUCUACCAGGCUGUGUCAGCGACCUCCUCCUGGCUGGAUGAUGUAGAGAACACCCUGUUCUCUGGUCCUACGCUGCUGACGGAGAAUGCUGAGACACAGCUACAAAACCAGGAGGCCUUAGGGAGGGAUGUCAAUGAGGUGACUGGGGUGGUGAGCCACAGUCGGGGUCUCCUAGGCCAACCUACAGGGCUAUGUGCGGAGGACCAGGUCCUGUUAGAGGACACACUGGACUGUCUGACAGAGAGGCUGCAAACUCUGGACUCUGCCCUGGAGCGACACUGUGAACACAUGAGGACUAGGAUGCAGGAACUCACUGCCUACCAGACGGAGUCACAGCUUGUCCUUGCUGAUUUAACCGACACCAAGUGCCAGAUCCUUCAGACGUUGGCGGGAGCCACGGCCAGACCAGGAUCCAAACAGCUUGAGGUCAUAGCUGAGGCUGAGGAGGGUUUGAGAGAAUUUGAGCAGAGGAUCACCCAGCUGAAAACAAGAGGAACAGAACUACAGGCAGAACAGAUGUCCACCAACGAGAUGCUCAAGCUACAGGAUGCCUAUGAGGAGUUGGUGAUGACGGUGGGCUCGCGGCGUAGCAGCCUGAACCAUAACAUGGCUCUGAAGGGGCAAUAUGAGAGGGCUCUGCAGGACCUGGCUGACCUGGUGGACACUGCUCAAGACAAGAUGGCCGGCGACCAGAGGGUCAUCGCCAGCUCUGUGGAGGAAGUUCAGAUUUUCCUUGACAAACACAAGGAGUUCUUCCAGAGUCUGGAGUCCCACAUGAUCCUGACGGAGACGUUCUUCAGGAAGAUCAGUGGCCUGGUGGUUCCCAGAGAGAAGCAGGCUCUGGAGGAGAUACUGACCCUGGCCCAGGGAGUCCUCAAACAGGCCCACAGGAGAGGGGUGGCACUGGAGUACAUACUGGAGACUUGGAGCCGUCUGGUGCCGGACUUCCAGGCUCUGUGUAUGCAGUUGGAGGCAGUGGAGGGUAGCAUCCCCACAGUGGGCCUGGUGGAGGAGACAGAGGAGAGCCUCACUGAGAGGAGUUCACUCUAUCAGAAUCUGAAGGGCAGACUGAUGGAGCACCAGCACAAGCUGAGCCAGGUGCUGGAGGAGGGGAAGAGGCUGCAGCUAUCUGUGUGCUGUCCUGGCCUGGACACAAAGCUCACAGUGCUAGGGGAACACUGGCUCAGCAACACUACCAAGGUCAACAAGGAGCUGCAGAGACUAGAGGCCAUCCUCAAACAUUGGACCAGGUAUCAGAAGGAGUCAUCAGAGUUGAUUGGCUGGCUGCAGUCUGCUCUAGAACGUCUGGACUUCUGGAACAAUCAGGCAGUCGUAGUUCCACAGGAGAUGGAGACCCGCAGGGACCAUCUCUCUACCUUCCUGGACUUCUGUAAAGAGGUGGAGUCGCGUUCAUCUCUGAAGAAUUCUGUGCUGACUGAGGGCAACCAGCUUCUGAGGCUGAAGAGGGUUGGAACUGCAGCCCUGCGGUCUGACCUGGCCCGCAUAGACUCAGAGUGGACCCAACUACUCACACUCAUCCCAGGGGUGCAGGAGAAGCUACACCAGUUACAAAUGGAGAAGUUGGCCUCUAGGCAUGCCAUCUCUGAGCUGGUCAACUGGAUAUCUCUGAUGGAGAAUGUGAUUGGAGAGGACGAAGAGAACCUGAAAGGAGCAGUGGGGUCGACUGUCAUCCAGGACUAUCUACAGAAAUACAAGGGCUUCAGAGUUGAUGUGCGCUGUAAGCAGCUGACGGUGUAUUUUGUGAACCAGUCUGUGCUCCAGAUCAGUGAUCAGGAUGUGGAGAGCAGACGCAGUGACCAGACAGACUUUGCCGAGAAGCUGGGAGUAAUGAACCGACGCUGGCAGUUACUACAGGGACUCAUCACGGAGAGGGUCCAGUUCCUGGAGACUCUGCUGGAGGCCUGGUUGAACUAUGAGAACAACAUACAGGGCCUGAAGACCUGGCUGCUCACGCAGGAGGGGAGGCUGAAGAGGAAACCCAGGAUAGAGGACCUAACCUCCGUACAGAACGCUCUCAAUGACUGCCAGGAGAUGGAGGAGAAGGUGAAGGAGAAGGAGGGUGAGGUGGAGCGGGUGGAGGAGCAGGCCUGUGCCCUCAUCCAGAACAAAACCGACGAGGCCUGCGCUGUCGUCAUGGAGACGCUCCAAGCUGUCAAUCACACCUGGGCUAACCUGGACCACCUGAUCGGCCAGCUGAAGAUCAGCCUCAUGUCAGUGCUGGACCAGUGGAGUCUGUACAAGUUGUCCUCAGAGGAGAUGAAUGGCUACCUGAUGGAGGGGAGGUACUCUGUGUCCCGUUUCCGCCUCCUCACCGGCUCCCUGGAGGCUGUACAGCUACAGGUGGAGAGUCUCCAGAGCCUACAGGAGGAACUGGAGAAGCAGGAGGGCAGUCUGAGGAAGUUUGGCUCUGUGACACACCAGCUGCUGAAUGAGUGCCACCCGUCUGUGUCCGACUCCCUCAACAAUACCCUGAAGGAUGUCAACGCUAGGUGGAGCAGUCUCCUGGAAGAGAUCUCAGAGCGUCUGAAGAGCAGCAAAGCCCUGCUACAGCUGUGGCAGCACUACAAGGAGCUGUAUGGAAAGAGUAGCUCCAGUGUCCAGCUACAAGAGGAGCAGGCUGACCGACUCCUGGAGACCGCCUGCACCAAGGACAUCACAGACGAGGAGGUAUCCACCUGGAUCCAAGACUGCAGCGAGUUGCUUCGUGCCCAGGCUCCAGUGAAGGCAUCUCUACAGGUUAUUCAGGAGCUAGGAGAUCAGCUGAAGCAACAGGUGGACACCUCCACAGCAUCCGCCGUCCAGUCAGACCACCUUUCUCUGACCCAGCGCCUGGCCACUGUGGAGCAGGCCCUCAGCAGACAGCUCGCUACACUACAGACGGGAGUCCAGGACUAUGAGACCUUCAGUGAGCAGCUGGGUUCCUUAGGUCGCUGGAUGGUGGAGGGAGAAGAGGCUCUGAAGAUCCAGGAUCCCAACCGUUCUUCUGACCUGUCCAUCAUACAGGACCGAAUGGAGGAACUCAAGAGACAGAUCUUGAGAUUCAGUAGCAUGGCUCAUGACCUGGAGCGUCUCAACGAGCUGGGCUACAGGCUUCCUCUCAACGACAUUGAGAUCAAACGCAUGCAGAACCUUAACCGUAGCUGGUCUGCAGCCAACGCCCAAACCACUGAGAGGUUCAGCAAACUGCAGUCAUUCCUGCUGCAGCAGCAGACGUUCCUGGAGAAGUGUGAGACGUGGAUGGAGUUCCUGGUACAGACAGAGGAGAAACUGGCCGUGGAGAUCUCUGGGAACUACCAGAGUCUGAUGGAGCAGCAGAGAGCGCACAAACUAUUUCAGGCUGAGAUGUUCAGCCGUCAGCAGAUCCUCUACUCUAUAAUCAGUGAUGGCCAGAGGAUGCUGGCGCAGGGACAGGUGGAUGACAGGGAUGAAUUCAACCGGAAGUUGUUGCUGUUGAGUAACCAGUGGCAGGGCGUUGUGCGUCGCGCCCAGCAAAGGCAGGGUAUCAUCGACAGCCUGAUCCGCCAGUGGCAACGUUACAGGGAUAUGUCAGAAAAGCUGAGGAAAUGGCUAGUGGAGAUCUCACACCCCGCUGAGGCCCUACUGGCUGGGGCGCCCGUACCCCUGCAGCAGGCCAGAUCCAUGCUGGAUGCAGUUCAGAUAAAGGAGAAGGUCCUACAGCGACAGCAGGGCUCUUACAUCCUGACAGUAGAAGCUGGGAAACAGCUGCUUCUAUCUGCAGACAGCAGGGCAGAGGUGUCUCUGCAGGGAGAGCUCACAGACAUCCAGGAACGCUGGAGACACGCCACCAUCUGCCUGGAGGAACAGAGGCGUGAGCUGGACAAGCUGGACAAGGACUGGGAGACAUGUGAGAGAGGCAUCGAGGGUUCUCUGGAGAAGCUGAGGGAGUUCAAACAGCAGUUCUCUCAGUCCCUCCCUGAUCACCACGAGGACUUGCAAGUGGAACAGAUGCGAUGCAAGGACUUGGAGAAGACGUUUGACGGCUGGACAGAAGACCUAGCCCACCUGACGGUGCUGAGGGAGUCCCUGUCCUGCUACAUCAGUGCUGAGGACCUGUCUGUUCUACAGGAACGCAUGGAGCUUCUGCACCGCCAGUGGGAGGAGAUCUGUCACCAGCUAUCCCUGCGGCAGCAGCAGGUGGGUGAGAAGCUGAGUGAGUGGGCUGUGUUUAAGGAGAAGAACAGGGAGCUCUGUGAUUGGCUUACCCAAAUGGAGAGCAAGGUCUCUCAGAAUGGAGACGUCAGAAUCGAGGAGAUGAUCGAGAAGCUACGCAAGGACUACUAUGAGGAGAUAGCGGUGGCUCAGGAGAACAAGCAGCAGCUGUACCAACUGGGGGAGAGACUGGCCAAGGCCAGCCAUGAGACCAAGGCAUCUGAGAUAGAACACAAACUCAGCAUGGUGGGCGAGCGCUGGCAACACCUGCUGGACCUCAUCGGAGCCAGGUUGAAGAAGCUGAGGGAGACUCUGGUGGCAGUGCAGCAACUGGAUAAGAACAUGAUUAGUCUGCGGUCCUGGCUGACCCACAUAGAGACUGAGCUGUCCAGACCCAUCCUAUACGACACCUGUGACUCCCAGGAGAUACAGCGGAAGCUGGACCUGCAGCAGGAGCUUCAGCGUGACAUAGAGAAGCACAGCACCAGUGUGGCGUCUGCGUUGAACCUGUGUGAGGUGUUGUUACACGACGGUGACGUCUGUGCCACGGACACAGAGUGUGAUUCCAUCCAGCAGACCACCAGGAACCUGGACCGACGUUGGAGGAGAAUCUGUGCCCUGUCCAUGGAGAGGAGGCUCAAGAUUGAAGAGACAUGGCGUUUAUGGCAGAAGAUCAAAGAAGACUUUAUGCGCUUUGAGGAGUGGCUAGUGACCUCAGAGAAGACCGCUGCUCUACCCAACUCUUCAGGAGUACUGUACACAGUGGCCAAGGAAGAACUCAAGAAGUUUGAGGCAUUUCAGUGUCAGUCCCACGAGAGCCUGACCCAGCUGGAGACGAUCAAUAAACAGUACCGCCGUCUUGCCAGGGAGAACCGCACAGACUCCUCCUGUCGCCUCCGGGAAAUGUCCCACGACGGGAACCAGCGCUGGGAUAACCUGCAGAAGAGGGUGGCCUCCAUCCUCCGCAGGCUCAAGCACUUUGUCAGUCAGCGUGAGGAGUUUGAGACGGCCAGAGACAGCGUCGUGGUGUGGCUCACCGAGAUGGACCUGCAGCUCACCAACAUAGAACACUUCUCAGAGUGUGACAUCCGAGCCAAGAUCAAACAGCUACGGGCGUUCCAGCAGGAGAUUUCUCUGACCACGGGGAAGGUCGAGCACAUCUUCCACCAGGGAGAGGUGCUGCUGCAGAAGAGUGAGCCUCUGGACGCUGCUGUUAUAGAGGAGGAGCUGGAGGAGCUGCGGAGAUACAACCAGGAGGUGUUUGGGCGCGUGGAGCGUUACUAUAAGAAGCUGAUCCGACUACCGCUGACAGGAGAAGAGUACGAUGUGUCAUUCUCGGACAAGGAGAUUGAUCUGGGUGAACCUGGGGACUUGUCCAGCAUUCCCUGGAGUGAACGUCUUGGAGACUGCCUGAGCUCCCCUCUGCCCUCCCUGACUGCCCCCCUCCGUACUGGGGCUGAGCGCUCGGGCAUGGGCAGCCCAGCCAGCAUGGACUCCAUCCCCCUGGAGUGGGACCAUGACUACGACCUGAGAAAGAGGCUGGAGAGUGCCAGCGGGGCUCUCGGCCUGGCCUCUGAGCACGAGGAGCACGGAGAGGAGGGGAGCUACCAGGGAUCAGCUUCUGCUUCCGCUCUGUCAGGAGAGGGAGGUACCCUGGACAGCCACAUCCUUCAGUUGGACAGGGUUCUGGACACCAGCCAGUUACACCUGCAACAGACAGAGAACGUCAUCCGUAGCAGAACCCCCACCGGGCCAGAGCUGGAUGCAUCAUACAUGGGAUAUAUGCGUCUACUGGGAGAGUGUCGUAGCAGUAUAGACACGGUGAAGAGGGUUGGCUACGAACUGAAGGGGGAGGGGGACAAGGCCUCAGGACUUGCUGACCCCAUUGAUGAUGAUUCACAAACAACAGGUGUGAUACAGCGCUGGGAGUUGCUGCAGGCCCAGGCCCUCAGUAAAGAGAUGCGUCUGAAGCAGAACCUUCAGCAGUGGCAGCAGUUCAACUCUGACCUCAACGCUGUGUGGGCGUGGCUGGAGCAGGCAGGGGAGGAGCUAGAGCAGCAACGGAGGCUGGACCUCAGCACCGACAUCCAGACCAUCGAGCUGCGCAUCAAAAAACUGAAGGAGCUGCAGAAGGCUGUUGACAAGCGUAAGGCCACAGUGCUGUCCAUCAACCUGUGCAGUGCAGAGUUUGUCCAGUCCGCCACAGAAGAGUCCCAGGACCUGCAGGCCAGGCUGAAAGAGAUGAACAACCGCUGGGACACAUUGGGCACCUCUCUGGGAGAGUGGAGGGCAGCGCUGCAAAAGGCCCUUAUGCAGUGUCACGACUUCCAUGAGAUGAGUCACGGCCUGCUACUGUGGCUGGAGAACAUUGACCGCAGGAGGAAUGAGAUUGUUCCCAUUGACCCCAUCCAGGACAGCAACACCCUCCAUGAGCACCACAAAACACUCCUGAAAAUCCGCUGUGAGCUGCUAGACACCCAGAGGAAGGUGUUGUCCCUGCAGGACAUGUCCCUGCAGCUGCUGGUCAACAGCGAGGGCAGUGACUGUCUGGAGGCCAAGGAGAAGGUUCACGUCAUCGGGAACCGCCUCAAACUGCUCUUCAAGGAGGUGACCAGAGACCUCAAAGAGCUGGAGAAGAUUCUGGACAUGAACAGCAGCCAACAGGAUCUGUCUACGUGGUCGUCAGCUGAUGAGCUAGACUCCACCUCUGGUUCCAUCAGCCCGGUGUCGGCCAGGAGCACGCCACGUCGCCGUCCAUCGCAACGGGGCAAAUGUAGUAUGUCACAGCAGACCUCUGGACCCUCUGUGAGCAGUCCACACAGAUCACACAGGUCUCCCGUCGCUGGGUCCGCUUCCUCCCCUUCUGAGGCAGAGGGGAAAUCAUCACCGUCAUCGUCCCGUUUCCUGUACCGCGUCCUACGGGUGGUGGUGCCCCUCCAGUUGCUGUUCCUCUUGCUGCUGGUGGGCAUGGUCUGCCUGGUGCCAGUGUGUGAGAGGGAUUUCGACUGCAGCCAGUCCAAUAACUUUGCCCGUUCCUUCCACCCGAUGCUACAAUACACCAACGGGCCCCCUCCUGUAUAGUCUUUCAUGACAGACCAAACAUUUGGUUCUGGGUGCCGAGCGAGAUUACAGCCUGGCCCUGGUAUGGAGACGAACCGGAGGAGGAUAGUUGGGCUUUUUGAACUUCAUGACUGUUGUAGAUUUCAACUCUAUGGGUCUCUCUCUUCUCAUUUGCAGCUUCCAUGAAGAAUAGAGAUAUGGCUUUCCGUCAUUCUGCACCUUGUGUUGCCGUGCAUAAGCAAGCAUCAUAGGAUGCCAAAACCUUAGUUAGAUCUUCUUUGUUCUGUAUGGAUGAAGUACAGCAGCACUCUUAACUUGUCUUUUCACUCGUGUCUUCUUUUAGUUUUCUGUUGUGUUGUAUGUAUAGAUGAAGAAGUGUCUUAGGGGCAGCAAAUGUAAGAACCAAAAAUGUUUCUGACGGCAGUCAGUGGAUAUUCCCUGGAUACCUGUUAAGGUACAUGCCAUGUGUUGCCAUUUGUCCUCUAGUUCAAUGCAGAGCAUAUACUCUGUGAAUGUGCCUGUAGUAACAAUUGAACACUUGUGAAAUAACAUUUUAAGAUGACGUAUAUUGCAAUAAUUUUUUUUUUACAUGUGUUUUGGCAUGCGGUUAUGAUCCUUGCUUAUGGGUGUGUCCGUGAUGAAUAUUUGAUUUUUAAUCUGAAUUAUACCUGGGCGUAAGAAUCUAUUUAUUCUGAAUUGUGUAUUGAAUGUGUAUGUAAAAUAAAGGCCGUAAUGAAGAGUUAUUUGCUAUAAACUGUUUAAAAGCAUAAGAAACAUUGAAAAUAAUGUACUGAACACUCGUUUUUAUUUUUCUAGCUGAAAAUAUGGAUUCUACAAACAAACUAUUAAUCAACAGUAUAACGAAUUAUAAAACUGUAUAUUUUCUAUGGCUCUGUGUGUUUAGUAUUAAAUGUACAACAGUCCAGGAUUACUUAACAUAUUCUGUACAUAAUAUAAAUGUAUAUCAAUAAUCUAUAUCUGACCCUAAAUUACAAAUAUUGAAUGCCAAAUUCUCA